GUCGGCCGCGCGCGCUCACCGGCAGUCGACGUGUUGCCGCCAGUCGGAGCUCCGCGCGCUCGCCCGCGGCCGUGCGUGAACUCGUCGGGCCGCCCGCCCCGCCCACCGGCUGUUGUGCUCUGUGCUCUGAUUUUGCCAUUUUCUCCUUGACGUGUGCGAGGGUGGUUGUGCCCCGUCGUUGAAACCCUGUUUCUCGCCGAAGAAGUGUGUUAGUUUAUGUGUGAUCAAAGGGUGCGCGUGUGAGCUGUGAUGUUUCUGGGCACGAAGUUAGCCUUUUAUGUACAUUUGCCAACCGCUGCCGGACUGCUGUGUCCUUCCAUUAUUAUUUUAUCUUGCCGCACGUGAGUGCGUGUGUGAGUGCGCGCGCGCUUCUGUGUGUGUGCGUCUGACAGUUGGUGUAAAAGUAAUUGGCCAGUGUGUGUUUUGUGUUAUUUAUUCCUCUCACCGCCGACAUUGUGCGCGAGUGUGUUGCCGCUGAUUGUGGAUAUACGACAUUUAUUUAUCAUCCUGCGCUUGUCGCCGCUGGAUCAAGUGAAGUUCGCCCUGUGGAGAGGAAGGAUUUCUCAAACGCCAGUGACUUUCACUUGAUAACGCAGUGCGCCGCUUGGAAUACACUGGCUGCAUCGCCAAGGAUUAAAUGGUGCGGGAGUGCGGGCGCGCCCGCCAUGUGACUCGCUGCUGACGCGCUGACGCCGCCGCGCAGCCGCGCCCCGCCAUGGCCGCCCUGCUCGUCGUGGGGCUGGCCCUCUCGGCCGCCGGCCUGGCCGCCGCGGGCAGCCCCGACGUCACGCCCAAGGAGUUCGUGCUCGUGUCCGGCACCGAGGCUGUGGUGGGCGGCGUGGCCAGGCUGCCCUGCGACCUCACGCCACCACUGUCCGGCGACCAGGUGUGGCUCGUCAUCUGGUACCGCGAGGGCAACACCAAGCCAUGCUACAGCUACGACGCACGCGCGCGCACGGAGAGCAAGGCCGGGACGCACUGGAGCGACGACAAGGCGUUUGGCGGUCAGGUGACGUUCCGCGAAAGUGAGAGCCCGGCGCACCUCACCAUCGAGAACGUGCGCGAGAGCGACGCGGGUGCCUACCGCUGCCGCGUGGAUUUCGGCCGCUCCCCCACCCGCAACGCAAGAGUCAACCUCACCGUCAUCGUCCCGCCGAAGAAGCUGCAGAUCGUGGACCAGAGCGGCGCGGAGAUGAAGGACGGCGUCCUGGGGCCCUUCAACGAGGGCGAGACCAUCAACGUCACCUGCAUCGCUGUCGGAGGCUGGCCCGCGCCCCGCGUCACAUGGUGGCUGGAGAACGCUCUGGUGGACGACACGAGCGAGCACGUGACCGACGGCAAGGUGCAGAACGUGCUGCGGCUCGAGCGGCUUGAGCGGAAGCAGCUCAACUCGGUGUACACCUGCCAGGCCGCCAACAACCAGCUGGCUGCUCCCGUGUCGACCGCCGUCACCCUGGACCUCAACCAGGGCGGACCGCCAGCACGAGCUGGCCUGCGAGGUGACGGGCUCCAGGCCCGCGCCCACCAUCACGUGGUGGAGGGGCAGCCAGAUGCUCACCAAGACCAGGAUCGGGGUCUCGACCGACAAUCAGACGGUCGUCAGUUUCCUGACGUUCAUUCCCUCCAAGGAUGACGCCGGCAAGUCGCUCUUCUGCCGAGGCGAGACCCCGGACCUCACGAGUUCGGCAAAGGAGGACUCGGUCAAGCUCAACGUGACGCAUAUCCCCGUUGUGACGGUGACUCUUUCCGCCCCCUCUGUGGACGAGGGCGCUGGCGUGGCCCUGGAGUGCAACGUCAAGGCCAACCCGCCGCCCACCAGGGUGCUCUGGAGGCACAAUGGCAACGUGGUGAACAGCUCCUGGCCCGGCGUGCAGCUCAACAACCACUCGCUCAUGCUGCAGUCUGUGCGGCGUUCCGGCGCGGGCAGCUACAUGUGCACGGCCACCAACUCGGAGGGCGACGGCAGCAGCAGCACGGCCUCGCUCGACGUCCGCUCCGGCAAGCCCGACCCGCCCGCGGACUGCGCGCUGUCGCAGCCCACGUCGCGCUCCGUGACGCUGGCGUGCAGCUCGGCGGGCUACGCGGGCGCCACGCCGCGCCACUACGUGGUGGAGGCCUACGACGCGCUGGACGGCAGCCUGCUGCGCAACGUGACCAACGCCACGACGCACUGGCUCGUGGACGGGCUGCCGGCCGCGCGCAACGUGACGCUGCUGCUGUACGCCGCCAACGCCAAGGGCCGCUCCGCCGAGCUGCGCAUGCUGGCCACCACCCUGCAGGCGCCGCAGCCGCGCACCGGAGCGACCGCGGGCGCGUCGCGCGCGUCCAUGCCGCUGGCUGGGCUGCUGGUGCCGCUGCUGGGGACCGUGUCCGGGCUCGUGGUGCUGGCCGCCGUCAUCGUGGCCAUCCUCAGGCUGCGCGGCCGCGGCGAGGGCAACGACGAGAAGGCGGGUGGGCGGCGCCGCGGCGGCGGGCCCGGUGGCUCCGGGAGCGGCGCCGGGGGCGGUGCCGGCAGCGCGGAGGCCGCCCUAAGGGGCGUCGGCGAGUUCUCCCAGGACGGCGGCGACCGCGACUCACAGCAGGACAAUUCCAAGGAGGACCUGAUCCAGCGUGACGAGAAGGACCCGGACGUCAUUCCGUACAAGACAGACCUGGACUACCUGGACGAGGACGAAAAGGCCUUCCAGUACCUGCACCAGACCAGCACGCUGCGCAUGCGCCCCAGCCACGGGUCCGCCCUGGGCAUGGGCCCUGGUAUGGGACCCGGCAUGGGGCCCAGCAUACAGCCGCUCCUCGCCAGCAACCUGCGCGCGGACCAGCCGCCCGCCGGGCUGGGUCUGGGGAUGGGCCAGUGCGUCCAGCCGGGCCUCCAGACCCUCCAGCCAGACUACCAGCCCGACUAUCAGCCCGACUACCAGUCCGAAUACCAGCCCGACUAUCAGCCUGAGUACCAGUAUCAGACGGGCUACCAGCCCGUUCUCCAGCCCGCCAUCCAGCCCGUCCUACAGGCCAACGGGAAGCCGCCGAUGCAGCCCGGCAUGCAUUGCCAGGUGCAAGGCUUCGGCACGCUGAGGAGGAACCCCCACCACCUGCACCACCUGCCGCACCCAGUAGUCGAGCCAAAAAUGUUGCUGGUCACACCCCCGUCCCAGCCCCACCCCGCCUCAACUCCCGACCCCGACCCGUCAGAAGCGGGGAGCGAGCGGGCCCCCCUGCUGUCGGUGACCCCUCCACAACCAAUGCUAAACCAAGAGGUGCCUCCACCGCGCAUCUACAGAGACACCAAAUUUUGAGCAUGGUGGAGCGGGCCUCCAAUCAGCGUACCAUACUAAUUUAUUGUUAGUUGUUGACUGUGAUUUCAUGUAAAGUAUUCUAUUCUCCCUACUGAUUGAUAGUGUUACCAACAAAUUGUUGUCUCUGUCAUUGAGAGGAAUGCAAUACGUGCCUGAACCUAUGUUGUGUGACGGGAGUGUGCAAAUAUAUUCACCCUUGUUUACACUUGAGGUCUUUGCUCAUAUUGAGGAUGUCUAAUGAUUUUUCUUUGCAUAAGUAUUGUUGAUAAGAUUUUUUUAGGCAUGCAACAUAUACUUACAGAGAAUGUAUCAGUCUUGAAUGAUGAAUCUCAUUCCUAAGUAGUUCUGUACCUUUUUUAGAUUAAUAACUUUUUGGUCUCUCCCAGCCCUUUCCUGUCCAAACUAAUUUGUUGUCUGGCUCUUUCUGAAUGAAAGGGUAAUUAAAUUUUACUUGAGCAGUGACAGUUCUAGAUAGAUUUGUGUCUUUCUGAGAUUGUAAUUUCCCCCUUUUAUGGGCUGCAUCAGGUCAUACAAUAUACACAUGUAUGCAUUUGGAAUAGUAGCAAAAUAAUUUUACUUCAUUAAAUGAAAAGUUUUAAGUCAGAGGUUACUGUUUUACUAAUUGUGUGAGAGUUGCUUAUUGAACAUCCAAGUUGUUGGCUAUGUUUCUUAAAACAUGGCUUAAUGUUGUUUGACGUGUAGGUUUGUGAUUCUGUUGUCUAUUUUUGUAAAAAUUGAACUAUUUUGUUUUUACCUCACAUGGCUUUUAACUCUAUUUUAAAGAUUUUCAACACAAUUUGGCUGGACUUCACAUUAAACCAGAAAGUUAAGGGAUUUAUUUCGCAAUGAGUAUCAAGUCAUUUACCUUAAGUAAAUUUUAGAUGUUGAGAAACUGGAUGGUUGCUUUAGCAAACAUAUUUUAUGGACUGAUCUUUUGUGUAUUCUCACAUAUGAUUCUGACAAAGCUCAACUUAUUAUUCCUUAUGUGAAAGAGAAUGUUAGUGUUACAUGGAAACUGUGGGUAGUUUUACAUGAAACCAUCCCAGAACAUUGUCAAGGAAUAUAAAUCAAAAGUAACUCAUAUUCAUGUAAAACGUGUACCGUCAUGUGGCACUGGAACAUCUUCCUCAUGGAACCAUUUAAGCAAUGGUUUUUUUGGCAGUAUCACGCUGAAAGUAGUUGCUCAAAUUAACUGUAGCUAGAGAUUUGAAACGAAAAUGAAUGGUAUUUGAGACAGGCAGUUUUAAAACUGUAUUGAAUAUUUUAAUGUUUACCCAUUUUAAUGCAAACUGACAAACUUAUGCCAGAAGAUGAAAUUUUUUGAGCAUUAUCUGAUUUAAGUUGCAGGGUGCGCACAAUCUACUAAUUACAAAACAUUGCCUAAGAUUAUCUGGUUUCAAAUGAAACGAAACCCUGUAGAUCUGUAAAUUAUAUAGUGUUAAAUCGAUACCAAAGAGAAUAUGUUUAAUGUUCACAUGGAACAUGCAUUGAAAGAAAGUGAUUAAGUCGGAUGUAGAAGAUAGAAACAAUCCCAAGCUCUCAAUAAAAUAAUGAAUCCAUUUCUUUGUUUUCAUCCAGUUUGUUUACAACCGGACAAUAAAAUAUGAUUUAAGUUAGUCCACUCUACAAACAGCCAGUUUUGUCAUAUAUGUCUGUAUAUAUUUAUAUAUAUCUACCAAUUGUUGCCAGAAUAAAUUAUUGUACAUAAAACAUAAAAUUGUAUAAUUUGCUCUAUUAGAUAUUGAGGAAAAUAGUAGAAUUAUUGAUUACUACCUUGUGAUUUUGUAACACGUACCAAUGUUAAAAGUUUAUAUUAUAAAUUUGAUACUCGUUCUGUGUCAUACUGAAGUUGUGAAGUAAGGAAAUAAAUAACUCGUACAGUACGCCAAAA